UCAGUGAUGGAGGGAGAUUCAGUCUCUCUAAACUCUGACAUUGAAAUAAAGGAUGAUGAUGUGAUUCAAUGGAAGUUUAGAAACACUUUAAUAGCUAAAAUCAAUAAACGGGCCGACAGAUUCACUGUAUAUGAUGAUGUUCUUGAUGGGAGAUUCAGAGACAGACUGAAGCUGGACAAUCAAACUGGAUCUCUGACCAUCACAAACACCACAACUGAACACACUGCAUUUUAUAUGCUAGAGAUUGGCCAUGAGAGACAGAUGUUCACUGAGAGAAAGAGAUUCUUUCUCGCUGUCAUUGAUGAAGUGAAGUCAGUGUCAGUGAUGGAGGGAGAUUCAGUCUCUCUAAACUCUAAUCUCACUGAAAUGGAGAAUUAUUAUCGGAUUCAGUGGAGGUUUGGAAAAACUUUAAUAGCAGAAAUCAAUAAACGGGCCGACAGAUUCACUGUAUAUGAUGAUGUUCUUGAUGGGAGAUUCAGAGACAGACUGAAGCUGGACAAUCAAACUGGAUCUCUGACCAUCACAAACACCACAACUGAACAUGCUGGAGAUUAUAAACUAGUGAAGAUUAAAGGAAGAAGAUUAUCAUCAAAAGCAUUCAGGGUUUCUGUCUAUAACUCUGUCCACUGUUGUGGUCCUAAUGAAGCUGUGAUCCGAUUGGUCCUCUCUGCUCUGGUGGGCGUGGCUACUGUCAUCAUUCUGGUUUAUGACAUCAGAUCCAGAAGAGCUGAACAAGAUCAAGCACAUAUUCACACAUCAGGAAGUAUCGAAAUCUAAAGCAGAACGCUGAACUUUAAAGGUUCUUCAAGUGUGUUAUUUGCUCUUCUAGUGUUUUUUUUUUUUUUCAUAAUAAAUACUGAAUAAUUGAGCUUGACGAUUUUUGAGGUUUAAAAAAAAUCUUAUUUUUGAGGCUUUAUUGUUAAUAUUUCUUUCAGAUACAAAAAAAUUAAUAAAGAGACACAGAUCUGACUUUAAACUGCUGUAUAUUUGCUGUAUGUAUUUUCUUGCCUUUAUCAAUAAAGUUUCUCACUCUGAGGUU